CUGAGGCAGCGCAGCUCGUUCCUACAAUGCUUUGAAGGCACUUGGACGCACGUCUUCGGUGAUUGGAGAGCUGUGCAGAAAGAAAAGGAACAACCUCGCCUCCUCAAACACCGAGCGAGGUUGUGGGCUGCGGAGACCGGGGGCAACACAAGCAGAAAGUAACUGAUCUCCAGCUGCAUUCGUCAUGUCAUCGUCCGGUAAAGACAACAGCGGAGCCCCGCAUGCCAAUUACGUGGGACCGUACCGAUUGGAGAAGACGUUGGGCAAAGGACAGACAGGAUUGGUCAAGCUUGGAGUUCACUGUGUAACAUGCCAGAAAGUUGCCAUAAAGAUAGUCAAUCGUGAGAAACUCAGCGAGUCAGUACUAAUGAAGGUGGAGCGAGAAAUAGCCAUUCUGAAGCUCAUAGAACACCCGCAUGUUUUAAAGCUACAUGACGUCUAUGAAAAUAAAAAAUACUUGUACCUUGUACUAGAACAUGUGUCCGGUGGUGAACUUUUUGACUAUUUGGUGAAGAAAGGCAGAUUAACGCCUAAAGAAGCCAGAAAAUUCUUCAGACAGAUCAUGUCUGCGCUGGAUUUUUGCCACAGUCAUUCUAUAUGCCACAGGGAUUUGAAGCCGGAGAACCUGUUGCUAGAUGAAAAGAAUAACAUCAGGAUAGCAGAUUUCGGCAUGGCCUCUCUUCAGGUUGGAGACAGUCUUUUGGAAACCAGCUGCGGCUCUCCACACUACGCAUGUCCAGAAGUCAUCAGGGGGGAGAAGUAUGAUGGGAGGAAAGCGGACGUCUGGAGCUGUGGGGUGAUUCUUUUUGCCCUGCUGGUGGGAGCACUGCCAUUUGAUGACGACAACCUGAGGAAUCUGCUGGAGAAAGUGAAGUUAGGAGUGUUUCACAUGCCCCACUUUAUCCCUCCAGACUGUCAAAACCUCCUGCGGGGCAUGAUAGAAGUGGAUGCCUCCAAAAGACUAACGUUAGAAAAGAUCCAGAAGCAUACAUGGUACAUAGGGGGCAAGAACGAGCCCGAGCCAGAGCAGCCGGUGCCGCGGAAGGUGACCAUACGCAGCCUCCCAUCUGCAGAUGACAUCGACCCUGACGUCCUGGACAGCAUGCACUCUCUGGGUUGCUUCAGGGACAAGAACAAACUGCUGAAAGACCUCCUCUCGGAUGAUGACAACCAAGAAAAGAUGAUCUACUUCCUGUUGUUCGACCGUAAAGAGAGGUACCCCAGUCAAGAGGACCAGAAUCUUCCCCCUCGCAAUGAAAUCGAUCCUCCAAAGAAACGGGUCGACUCUCCCAUGUUGAAUCGACACGGCAAACGGAGACCAGAGAGGAAGUCCAUGGAAGUCCUCAGUGUCACAGAUGGAGGCUCACCAGUGCCAGCCAGGCGGGCCAUCGACAUGACACAGCAUGGACAACGGUCACGGUCUAUUAGUGGAGCCUCUUCAGGCCUCACCACCAGCCCGCUCAGCAGCCCACGGCCUGUUAGAAAGUUUGGGACUCCACCUCAAUCCCCUGAUUUAGCACAAUCCCCAAACAACAGCCCCAGUCCCUCCCCUGAGCCACUUCCAAAUCAUACGGGUCCUCGUUUGUCAACACCCAAUUCGCUGGCCCCGAGCACCGAGGCACUGCCGGCAUCCCUUAACAAGACUCAGACGCUCCCGACCAAGCCGAAACUUGCGCCGAAGCCUCUUCACGCGACACGAUCCAACCCGCUCCCCGAAGCUUCAUUAGAUACGGCAUCCUUGUCGGAUUCCUCGGCUUCCUGCCAUAUCCCGUCACACCUUCCAUCUGCCUCCGUGCCCCCAACACCCACCUCCCCGCUUUCCCCAACCCCCCCAAGCCCCACUGCUUCAGUCCAGGGCAGCCCCCAAGUCCGUCGCUCUCAUUUCGCUGCCAAGCCCCAACUCUCUGUGCCCUUCAUCCCAGUGGUGCCUGCCUCCCCCAUCAGGCUGCACCACUUUCACCCUGUAACACCCACGCCUUCGUCAUACUCUGACCACUCAUCUCAAUGUAUCCCCCUCAUCCAGGUUACACCCCAUCCUUCCCCUCGAGGUAGUCCCCUACCCACUCCAAAGGGCACCCCGGUGCACACGCCCAAGGACAGCCCCGCCGGGACACCCACCCCGACCCCACCACCAAGCCCCUCCAUUGGCGGGAUGCCAUGGAGGACGCGCCUCAAUUCCAUCAAGAACAGUUUACUGGGCUCGCCACGCUUCCACCGCAGGAAACUCCAGGUUCCCACACAAGAAGAGAUGUCCAGCCUCACUCCAGAGUCUUCCCCAGAACUUGCCAAAAAAUCCUGGUUUGGGAACUUCAUCAACCUGGAAAAAGAGGAGCAGAUCUUCAUUGUCAUCAGGGACAAGCCUCUCAGCUCCAUCAAGGCUGACAUCGUUCAAGCAUUUCUCUCGAUCCCCAGCCUGAGCCACAGUGUCAUAUCACAGACUAGUUUCAGAGCAGAAUACAAGUCCACGGCCGGCCCCACAGUCUUUCAGAAGCAGGUCAAAUUCCAGGUGGACAUCACCUACACGGAGAGUACGGCUGCCACAAAGGAGAAUGGCAUCUACUCCGUCACCUUCACCCUGCUCUCAGGACCCAGUCGGCGCUUCAAGCGGGUCGUGGAGACCAUUCAGAGCCAAUUGUUAAGCACACAUGACCAGCCUGGAGUCCAGCAGCUGUCUGACGAGAAGAACGGCCAGGUGCCAUCCAAGCGCUGCCCCUCGCCCGCGCAAGCACGCAGGCAAGAACAGGAAAACAAUGCCUCCAAAUGUCCGCUCGUCAAGUUGACGCUACAAGAGGAGUCGCUAGAUCUGAACUAGAUAGGCAACACCAUCAUCAUCUUCUCAUCCCUCCUUUGCACCUCCUUUCUUCAUGCUGCUAAAGUGUGUGCGCUAACCUCACUUGUCUCUCACCCCAGGACUUAUCCAGAAAACCUAUUAAGUCCCGUCCCCGUCCCUCCCCUUCCUGAACCGUCCCACCCCGAGAGAUGGACGUGCGCAUGGAGGACUGCUUUUGAGAGGUUUGCGUUACCACGGAAACAGAUCCUUCAUGCAGACUUCUACCAUCAUCUUUCCCAACCCUGCGUGCUCUGACAGUAGAAGUAGAUGACUGUUCCUUUGGUGUUUCCGAUACCCCGCCCCUUCCACGCCUGCCUCAGAAAACAAGCAUUUUGCUAAGAGACUCAACAUGCAUACCAGCACAUUUCCAGUAUGCACACUAAACUCUGGGAUGUAUUACCAAGGAGAAGAUAAGGAGGAGGCGAAGAAGAGCCGACAUGGACGGUCGCCGGAUUGUAUUUUAGUUUUUUUGUUUCAUGUGCUUUCUUUGAGAUGAACUAUGUGUAAAGUCCCCACUUGACCCGAAUACCAAUACUGCUGCAAAUGAACUUUUCAGAGAGAAGCUGUAGGUGGGGCGGCGGGUCAUCAAAAUUUGGACGGGUGGGUGAUUAUCUGAAAAUGAAUGAUUUAUCCUGUUGUACAGAUUGCAGUCAUUUCUGAUGUACAAAGAGUUGUUUUGUUGUGACGCGAUGUUUUGGUAGCCAAUAGGAGAAAUCAUCUGUAAUUUUGGUCUCAUGAUCAUUUUGUCUUUCAUGUUCUCUGCAGCACUUUGUCUUUAUUUCUCCAUUCAGACCUCUCUUUCUCUCACGUAUACUUACCAGCAGUAGGAAAAGAAGAACAAACAUUAUGUGAUACGUGCUUAUUUUUGUACUUGUGGCCCUUAUUUAUUCAUCUCACGGUGUCAUUUCCUAAUUUAUUAUAACUAUUUAUAUGAGCAAAGCUGUUAGGUCAGUUGAAUGUUAUUUAUUAUUGCCCUCUUGUGUGUUUGUAAAUGGGGCAUCACUUGACGAAAAACAAGAUUUCGUUUUAGUUCAAUGAUGAAUCUUCUUCAAUGACCAGGGGAAAAAGAACUUGUGAAAGCAAACAAACAAAAACAAAAAAAAGCAUACCAGUGAUUUAAGAAUGUAGACUUAGCCUCUUUUUGGAGAGAGGGAAUGCUCUUUUAUUGAUAUUUGUCAGUUUCUAUAUUAUUGUUUGUGUAGGCUGGGCCUGAGAAGGAUGACAUUGAUCCACAGGUCUUCUCUUUGUAAAUAGAUCGUUCCAAAAUGGGGUUGAUUGUCUUCUUAACCAUGCUGGGGAUUCCUGCUCUAUACAUUUAGCUUGUAUUGCUGUGUGCAUGUCAAACAUGAGCUUUUCUUUGCAUGGCUUUUGGUGUAAAUGUUUCACGCUAAUCAGUCGCCACAAAACUACUGUUUCCGUUGGCCGACCCUUCCUUCCUUUUAAGCUUUGCCUAUAGUUCUGUCUUUUUUUUUUUUUUUUUUUUUUUUUUUUAAUCUCCCCUCCCAUCCAAUUGAUCUGUUCCUCUUCGUUUAUCUUGCGCACAACGUUUUUGAGCAAUGCCUCUCAGUCUGUGCCACUCCAUGGAGAACUUGGACGUCUGAGCUGUUUUAUGUGGGGGUUCCGAAAGCACAGGGAGAGGAUAUCAUUACAUACAAAUAGAAAGCAAUACCCUCAUGUCAACUCUCCUUUGUUUUCUACAAAUGAAAAGCAAGCAGCUCAGAGGACAGUCAGUGCUUCAGAGAGCCAGAGCAGGAGUAAUCUCCAUAUAACAUAACUACGAUGAGCAUCAUCAGUGCUGGAAAUAAUAAAAUCAUUCCGUUAUAGUGUC